AUGGCUGGAGUAGCCGUCUCUCCCGCUUCUCUGCUCGGUACUAUCUCUGAAAUCGCUGAGAUUCCGGUGAAUACUGGGGUGUUUAAGAAGGACUGUGCCGAUCUCGCGCGGCGAGUUUGUCUGUUGACGCAUUUGGUUGAGGAGAUUAGGGACUCUCCGCCUCCGGAAUCUGAUGCAUCGUCUUCUUUGGUUCCAUCGGAAUGUGAGUGGUGGUCUGAUCUUGUGAUUGGGCUUCAAGCCGCGAAGCGUCUUCUAUUUGCAGCCACUAGCUUCCAAGCUCACGAGUCCUCUAAUGGGGCUGCCAGGAGAAUCUCAUUCAAUUUCCAGUGCAUUACGUGGAAGCUGGAGAAAGCAUUAAGCAAUUUGCCAUAUGAUCGGUAUGACAUCUCUGACGAAGUUCAGGAACAGGUGGAACUAGCGAGAUCUCAGUUGCAAAGAGCAAUGCAGAGAUACGGGUCACUGAAUUCGAAAAAGUUCUCGAUUGCUCUAUCUGAGCCAAUGGAGAAAGAUGGCCUUAGCAACGCGCAGAGCAAAGUCACUGAGAAGCUGGAGAGUGUUUCAGAAACAUUGGAUUCCAACAUUCCUUUAUCUAAUGAGAAGAAGCUGGAGUCACCUCGGCGUCGGAAGAGCUCCUCCGUUUCCUUGGCCUUCUUUUUAUCAAAGGAUGCUAAUGAGGAGAGGUUAGAGAAAGAAGUCGCCAAGAGCAAUGACGACGACGACGACGACGACUCAAAGAGCUCGGACAAACUCACCAUCCCAGAGGAUUUUCUUUGUCCAAUAUCUCUGGAACUGAUGAAGGAUCCUGCCAUUGUUUCCACAGGACAGACAUACGAGAGGUCAUACAUACAAAGAUGGAUAGACUGUGGGAACCUGAGAUGCCCAAAGACCCAGCAGAAACUCGAGAACUUUACUCUGACUCCAAACUACGUUCUCAGAAGCUUAAUCACUCAGUGGUGCGUAAAGCACAACAUUGAGCAGGCAGGUGGUUACAUGAACGGUAAAACCAAAAACCCUGAUGGUUCUUUACGUGAUCUAACCGGAGACAUGUCAGCGAUCCGAGCAUUGGUUCGAAAGCUCUCUGCUCGAUCAAUCGAAGACCGCAGGACCGCGCUUUCUGACAUCCGUUCUCUGUCAAAGAGAUGCACGGACAACCGAAUUCUCAUCGCGGAAGCGGGAGCCAUCCCUGUUCUGGUCAACCUCUUGACCUCAGACGACGUCGAAACGCAGGAAAACGCCGUCACUUGCGUUCUUAACCUCUCCAUUUACGAAAACAACAAAGAACUCAUCAUGCUCGCAGGAGCAGUCACGUCGAUAGUGCAAGUGCUCAGAGCUGGAACCAUGGAAGCCAAAGAGAACGCUGCGGCUACUCUCUUCAGCCUCUCGUUAGCUGAUGAGAACAAGAUCAUAAUAGGUGCUUCGGGUGCGAUACGGGCCUUGGUGGAUCUGCUUGAGAAAGGAAGCGACAGAGGGAAGAAAGACGCUGCUACGGCUCUGUUCAACCUGUGUAUGUAUGAAGGAAACAAAGGCAGAGCGGUUAGAGCCGGUAUAGUUAACCCAUUGGUGAAAAUGUUGACUGAAAACUCGAGCCACAGGAUGGUCGGUGAAGCCUUGACCAUACUCUCGGUUCUUGCUGGUAACCAGGAUGCUAAAGCCGCGAUUUUUAGGGCGAACGCGAUACCGCCAUUGAUAGAGUUUCUCCAAAAGGACCAGCCGAGAAACCGAGAGAACGCAGCGGCGAUAUUGUUUACUCUUUGCAAGAGAGAUACUGAGAAACUGAUCUCCAUUGGCAGACUUGGAGCUGUUGUUCCGUUGAUGGAACUAUCAAGAGAUGGCACAGAGAGAGCCAAGCGAAAAGCUAAUUCUUUGCUAGAGCUUCUCCGCAAAUCAUCUCAGAACUUACGCUGA